UAUGGAUUCAGUUUGGUUAUGACAAUGGACAACCUUGGGUGCAGUGUAUAACACUGACCGUUUAGUGGUGUUCGUCUGAAUUAACGUUGAGUAGCGGUGUGUGAGUGCUUUCCUCCUCUCUCUGUGAAUGUCGGUGAGCAUGGCAAAAAGGGAAAGUGACAGCACCAGCCCAGUGGUUCGACAGAUAGACAAACAGUUUCUGGUCUGCAGUAUCUGCCUGGAGCGUUACCAUAACCCCAAAGUCCUGCCCUGUCUGCACACCUUCUGUGAGAGAUGUCUACAGAAUUACAUCCCUCCCCAGUCCCUGACCCUGUCAUGCCCAGUGUGCAGACAGACCUCCAUCCUGCCCGAGAAGGGCGUGGCUGCCUUACAGAAUAACUUCUUUAUCACUAACCUCAUGGAGGUGCUGCAGCGGGAGCCUGAAUGUACACAGCCGGAGUCCUGUAGUGUCCUGGAGUCAGUCAGUGCUGCAGCAUCAGGGCAGCCCUUAUCCUGCCCUAACCACGAAGGAAAGGUGAUGGAGUUCUACUGCGAGUCAUGUGAGACUGCAAUGUGCCUGGAGUGCACUGAGGGAGAGCACAGAGAGCAUGUGACCGUUCCACUUCGGGAUGUUCUGGAGCAGCACAAGGCAGCACUGAAAAAUCAGCUCGACACUAUUCGUAACAGGCUUCCCCAGCUGACUACAGCCAUUACUCAGGUGGAAGAGAUCUCCAAACAGUUGAUUGAGAGGAAGACAGAGGCCGUGACUCAGAUCAACAGCACUUUUGAAGAACUGGAGCGCGCACUCCAUCAGCGAAAGACAGCUCUCAUUACCGACCUGGAGAAUAUCUGCUCAGGCAAACAGAAGGUCUUGCGGACACAGCUGGCUGCACUGCAGCAGGGUAAGGAGAACAUCCUGAGUAGCUGCACGUUCACUGAGCAGGCCCUGAGUCACGGCAGUGCCACAGAGAUCCUGCUGGUUCAGAAACAGAUGGGAGAGCGUGUUAGCACACUGGCCAGACAUGCGUUUCCUGAACAGCCCCACGAAAACGGACACCUGGAAUGUCAGGUGGAGACUGAGGGGCUUCGGCGCUCCAUCCAGAACCUGGGAGUUCUCCUGACCACCAGUGCGGUGGGUCACACCAGCGUAGCCACAGGGGAGGGGCUUCGACAUGCUGCGGUGGGACAACACACCACUGUUACUGUGACAACCAAGGACAAGAGUGGGGAGCUGGUGAAGACGGGGAACGCCGCGCUGUCUGCGCAGAUCGUGGCUGCAGACGGAACAGUGACAGAGGCCGAAGUGGUGGACAACAAGAAUGGCACGUACGAGGUGGGUUACGUCAUGCGCUCCGAGGGCGAGUUUUCGUUCUCGCUCCAGCUCUAUGGGCAACCAGUUAGGGGCAGCCCCUUCCGCCUGCGAGCCGUCAAGCCCUCCGAUGUUCCACAGUCGCCCGACGAUGUAAAGCGGCGCGUGAAGUCGCCCAGUGGGGGAGGGGGGCACAUCCGUCAGAAGGCCGUGCGUAGGCCAUCCAGCAUGUACAGCAGCACUAAGAAGAAAGAGAAUCCCAUUGAAGACGAGCUCAUCUACAGAGUUGGAACCCGAGGACGAGAGAGGGGAGAGUUUUCCAAUUUACAGGGCAUUUCUGCCUCUAGCAAUGGGCGAAUCGUGGUGUCUGACAGUAACAACCAGUGUAUACAGGUGUUUUCCAAUGAUGGGCAGUUCAAACUGAAGUUCGGGGUUCGGGGCCGUUCCCCAGGGCAGCUCCAGCGGCCCACGGGGGUGACAGUGGACCCGAACGGGGACAUCAUCGUAGCUGACUACGACAACAGGUGGCUCAGCAUCUUCUCUGCCGAUGGGAAGUUUAAGAAUAAAAUCGGGGCAGGGAGACUGAUGGGACCCAAAGGGGUAGCUGUGGACCGUAACGGACACAUCAUCACUGCCGACAACAAGGCCUGCUGUGUCUUCAUCUUCCAGUCCAAUGGCAAACUAGUCACCAAGUUUGGGGCCCGAGGAACAUCGGAGAGGCAGUUCACAGAGAAAUGUGGGGCAAAUAGUCCACUGGAGCAGAAGUUUAGCAGAUCUGGUCCUGCCUUUAGCCCUCAUUUCGUGACUGUGAACAGUAAGAAUGAAAUCAUCGUGACAGAUUUUCAUAAUCAUUCUGUCAAGGUGUAUAAUGCUGAUGGGGAGUUCCUGUUUAAAUUCGGAUCACAUGGUGAGGGAAACGGGCAGUUUAAUGCCCCCACUGGGGUGGCAGUGGACACCAAUGGAAAUAUCAUUGUGGCUGACUGGGGUAACAGUCGGAUCCAGGUGUUUGAUAGUUCCGGUUCCUUCCUGUCUUAUAUCAACACUACAGCGGACCCUUUGUAUGGGCCCCAGGGCCUGGCCCUGACCUCAGAUGGCCACGUGGUGGUGGCGGACUCUGGGAACCACUGCUUCAAAGUUUACCGCUACCUGCAGUAGAGUCCACACAGUACCAACCGGAGAGCCCACACAGUACCAAUCGGAGGACCACACUGGGACACUCCCACUGGCCGUGACUGAGGCACCAGAGCCAGGCGGGAAAGAGUCCAGAACUCAUCUACCGUGCAGGCACUCUGAUUCUCUGCUUUUUGUCUUUUCCAUUUACACAUACGUUUCUGCAAGUAAAGAUCUUCAGUUACCAACUGCCAAUAUCCUUCCUAUUAGUCUGAAGGGCUGGGAAAAUUGAAGAGCUCUUCUGCAUCCAUAUGUAUUUGGUAUUGAUAUCAUUCCCAAUUUAAAAAAACAACAAAAAAAAACAUCUUCAACAGCUCUCUGAAGAAAUCUGUACAAAAAUCAAUUGAACAUUGAUUAUGACUCAGUAAUUAUCAGUAAUUAUGAAGGCAGCUAUUCUUUAGCUUUUCAAUUUAAAUCCAUGGGAAAAAAAUCUCUGUCUCCGGAUUAUUUCAAACUGUGUUCAGUAUCUGACUUCAUUUUAACAAAGAACAUGAAGACUGAGGAUAUUUCUACAUUAAACAAAAAAAUUCUACAGAGCACUAAUAACACAAACAGCACACAGGCGUUCUUGAAUGCUGAGUGGAUUAUUGCUUCAUAUUUGUGUCCUGUGCCACAGAGAUGCACAGAGAUCGACAGUGAUCCACAGGGCCAUUAAUGAGCAGUUGCUUGUCAGGGUUCUGUACACAGGUCAUGUGAACACUGCUUUCCCUUUUCUUGGAAUUUCCCAUCAGACACAUAGGACACCAGCACAGAAUGCUGUGUGAGGGUAGGAAUCACAUGCUUCCUGCUUCAUCAUGAAAAACGACUCUGGACAUCAGGACGUCAAGGAGACGAUAAUGGAUCAUGAAAUGAGUCUUCAUAUAGACUGCUCCUGGACUGCUGUCAUUUGCUCUUCGAUAGAUUAGUACUAACAGUUUGCUGUCCAAGUUUUCCAUGGAUUAGUUGAUGCUAAGUGGCUGACCUUGUGAAGUAGGCCAUUUCAUUCCAACUCACACCAUGCGUGUCCUGGAUCACUACAUACAUAUAUACGUGGAUGCAUUUGUGUAAAGUAAUGUGCAUACAUUUAUGAAAGACCUCAGCAGGUUGUCCUGUUAUAAGAGUCAGUAGUCCUUUAGAUGAAUGGAAAGCUUAGUACAGUAGUGUUUCAGUCUUUAGAGUAGACCAGCCUGGCUUUAUGACUGACACCACAGCAGCGUUGGAGCAAGCUUAUAAUCUCACUGUGGCUUUAGCAUUUAAAUACUCUGCACAAUCUCUGCCUGAAAAUACAGUAUUCUCCCAUGUGAAUAACACAAAAAAGUAUUCUCUCUCUCU